GAAGUUGUUACGUAGUUUAUUUGUAAAGUUAAUUAUUACUUGUUACGUUUCUUCUACUUUAUGUUAUGAAAGAAAAAAAAAGUAUAUCGCAGUACCGUUUAUCUAGAUUCCCGCGGGGGAAUACGUGUCAAUUGAAAGAGUCAAUAAUUAAAUGAGACAUGAUUGCUGAGUAACAAUAAAUCUGAAAACAUUAUGGCAGAAAUAAAAACCUUAGGAUGGGCUGACUAUCUUGUUACAGCAAUUAUGCUGUUCAUAAGUGUUGGAAUUGGAAUUUAUUACAGAUUCAGUGGAGGACGUCAGAAAACUGUGGAGGAAUACUUUGUUGCAAGUCGAUCAAUGGGCAUUGUACCUGUUGCCAUUGCUUUAGUAGUAUCUUUCAUGUCUGCUAUCACAUUGCUUGGUGUAUCCGCUGAGAAUUACACAUAUGGGACACAAUUUGUUGCAAUAAAUGUAUCAUAUUUAUUAGGCACUCCGAUUGUAUGCUAUGGAUUCUUACCAGUAUUCUUCAAAUUACAAGCGACUAGCGCUUAUGAGUACUUAGAAAAGCGUUUUGGAGUAAAAGCUAGGAUGAUGGCUAGUUUUGUUUACUGGAUUCAACUGCUUUUGUACUCAGGAGUGGUACUUUAUGCUCCUUCUUUAGCUUUGGAAGCAACAACAGGAAUUUCUAAGACUGCUAGUAUUAUUAUUAUCGGUCUCGUCUGUGCUUUUUAUUCGAGUAUAGGCGGUAUUAAAGCCGUACUGAUAACUGAUGUGUUUCAAGCUUUACUUAUGUUUGCCGCUGUAUUUAUUGUUAUUGGUACAGCCGCUAAUGAGGUAGGAGGCCUGGAACAAAUAUGGGAGAUAGCAAAGCAGGGGGAACGAAUCGAGUUUGAUAGCAUUUCUCUAGAUCCAACAGUAAGGCAUACUUGGUGGUCUCUUAUCAUUGGUGGUUUAUGUACAUUUUUAUCGCUUUACGGAGUGAACCAAGUACAAAUACAACGUACAUUAACUGUAAAAAAUAUACAAGCUUCACAAAAAGCCUUGUGGCUAUCUUGGCCUAUUCUAUCAAUCCUUUCAAUUACAACUUGUUUCUCAGGAUUGGCAAUAUACAGUAAAUAUCACAAUUGUGAUCCAACUCUCCAGAAAAGGAUUUCAUCGUCUGAUAUGCUUAUGCCAUUAUAUGUCAUGGACACAUUGUCCAAUGUACCCGGUCUACCAGGUCUUUUUAUUGCGGGUAUCUUUAGUGCAGGGCUUAGCACAAUUUCUGCAGCGUUAAAUUCUUUGGCAGCAGUAACGUUAGAGGAUUAUAUGAAACCUCUAUACAGAAAGUGCACAGGGCGUGAAUUCUCUCCUACAAAGUCAACCACUAUUGCUAAAGUGCUUGCUUUUAUAUUUGGCAUUAUUUCCAUUGCUUUGGCAUUUUUAGCGCAAUUAUUGGGUGGAAUACUUCAAGCUGGCUUAACCAUUUUCGGAGUAGUCGGUGGUCCAUUAUUGGGCGUUUUCACGCUUGGCAUGGGCACCGAAUUAGCGACGGAAGGCGGUGUGAUAAUUAGUGCUCUUAUGGCGCUUUCGUUUUUGUUUUGGAUUGCUUUCGGUCAACCGCGCCCGAUGCCACCAAUAUUGCCAACGAGUAUCAAAGGUUGUGAUAUAAAUAAUACUUUUGUGAACGCAACAAUAUCUGAUUUAUCAAACGUCACAAACUUUUCCAAGAGCACUGGCGACAGUUCGUAUUUUUACUUGUAUCGUAUUUCAUACAUGUGGUAUGCUCCUCUUGGAUUUUUAAUAACUUUCUUCAUUGGUCUGUUUAUCAGUGGUUUAUGUCGUUUAUUUUUCAAAAAUCAAAACGACAAUUUAGAUCCUAAUUUAUUCUUUCCUGUGAUAGCGCGACGUAUACGUUAUAGGCGACAAAGAGAAGCAGAGAGCAGUGAUGUAGCUAAUUAUACAUUACAGAGAAAGUAUUCUUUUAGCAAUGCGGCCGACAAGAACGACAAUACUGAUAAAAUUUGUACAAAGCUUUAACAAUUUAUAAUUUAAAAAGAUUAAUAAGUGUUAGACAUUCCAUAUCAGAAAAGUACAUGGGAGGAAAACAUAGAAAUGAAAAGCUAUUUUUUUGUUAUAUCAAAGACUAUAUAAUGAUUAUUUUUUUGGAAACUAGAUUUUAUCUAUUAUAUUAUAUAGUUAAUUAUUUAUUGUGAGAAAAUUUGCAUCUUAUUCACAUUUAAUAUUAUUUUAAACACAAUCUUUUAUAUAAAACUCUAGAUAAUUUUGUUUUGUAUUGUAUUGCAACAAAUGUCUUCCAUGCUGUGUUUACACUGCCAGUGUUUACUAUCUAUAAAUAGAAUUUUUGUACAAAAAAAAAAACAGUGCAUGCAUUAUGCUAAAAUUUUAUAGCAAAACAUCUCUUUGCGUGAGCGCGAAUCAUAAUAGCUAUUUUUUUUACAUUUAUUAUAUUCAUAAAAGUAUUAAAGGAAAAGUAUCUUUUAGGGAAUCUUGACAAUAUCUUAAAUGGUAGAAAAUCAUUCUUAAAACAUUAUACGUAAUAGCAGCUAUAAUAAAGUUUUCAGAGGAAAGAGUUGGGACAAAUUUUAUAUUUAGUAUUAAAUAUAACUAUUUUAAAAUAUCAACAAUUUUGAUAAGAAUUUAUAUAUUUUUGUUUGAACUGUUAUGUAGGGCAUCAUUACUUCUGUAAAAUAAUUUAAUUUUAACAGUUGUAUUUAUUUAUACCGAAUUCAUUGUUAUUAUUGCUAUCAGUAUUUAAGAAAUUGAAUCAACGAUAACCUUACAAAGAUUUUUGAGAAGAAGAGAGAAUUUGUAAAUACUUGAAAUUUUAUUCUAAAGAUUUACAAGAACGGUAUCUAUUAGUUAUUUUAUAGAGUUCUAUAUCAUGUUUGUUAAUAUAUAUUGUAAAAGUUUAGAAAAAAUGUAUAAUAACGAUAAAAAUCGAUACUUAAAGAAACUAAUCAGCGACGUGUAUUAAAAGUGCAGUAUUUGUUUGAAUAAAUAGUUUUAAUUAUAUUAAAAAUACUAGUUUUUA